UUCCGCUGGAUCGCAGGUCCAGAGACAGCAGGUUCAUAAUGCAAAGAUAUAUCUAGACCAAGACUAUAAGGUAUGUCACACGUUAGUGUUGCUUCUGUCAAAUGGAUAGGAAAUUGACAAGUUAGUUCCAUAUCACGAAACAUCCAUCCGCUCGCAUGGGCCCAUUUACCGGACAAUAUUAUGAGCACCCAGCCUUUGGAGAAGAUAAUACUGCCGGCCUCAUCACCAUGAGUCCUGAGAACCCGCCGCUCGCGCGCUGGGUAUACCUGGACAAGGAAACCAACGAGGUGAAAUAUGGCGGUCGCAAAGAGGGCGAGGACAAUGUGUGUGGACCAUUUGACUGGUCGGAAGAUGAACAAUAUGUCACGCUAGAAGGAAACGAGCGAUGGCUGGCUGUGCGACUGCCAGAGGAUGCGCGAAAGGAACAGGAGGCUCAGGACCUGGGAUUAGACGAUGGCAACGACGCGAAAGGUCUCUGGAGACUUUACUUUGAUCGCAGUGGGAGCGUGGGACUUCCCGAGGGAGCAGAGACGAUGCAGAUUCGCCUGAAGCGAGAGCUAGCGGAAGAAUAGUCGAUAAUAGGAUUGCAGUCAUUGUGAUGAACGAUGCUUGUUCCCUGG